AUGAAACCAAAAGAAUCAGACACAAGAAACGUACGUGUUUUGUUUCACUACCUCUCCCUAAUCAAAUAAUCACACUAUGCUAGGACUAAUCCCACCACCCCAUUUGCUUCUUCUUCUAAUUAUUGGACUUUUUUCAUACUCAGUUCAAUCGCUAAGGUUUGAAUUGCAAUCUGGCCAGGCCAAAUGCAUAGCCGAAGACAUAAGAAGCAAUGCAAUGACAGUGGGCAAUUACAGCAUCACCAAUCCCCUCAUCGAUCAACCCUUGCCCGAUUCACACACAGUCAGCGUUCGGGUGACUUCGAGGGUUGGAAACAAUCUUUAUCACCAGAGUGAGCAUGUUCAAUCGGGGCAUUUUGCAUUUGUGGCAGUGGAGAAUGGUGACUACAUUGCAUGUUUCUGGACUACCAAUCAUGAACCGCAGAUAACGAUAACUAUUGAUUUCGAUUGGAGAGCAGGUGUAGCUGCCAAGGAUUGGUCCAAUGUUGCAAAGAAAAGCCAUAUCGAUAAAAUGGUUCUAGAGCUACAAAUUUUGCAGGAAGUUGCCUCUUCCAUUACUGAGGAGACUAUUUAUCUUCGUAAACAAGAAGAAGAAUUGGAGCUGCAUGACUCCACAACCAACACCUGUAUGUUCUGGUUGAGCUUGCUUUCAUUUUUUAUCUGCAUGUCAGUAGCAGGGUUGCAACUAUGGCACUUGAAGACCUUCUUUCAGAAAAAUAAAAUCCUCUAAAUUUUUGUCAUAGCUUAUACAUUUUUCUCAUAUUGUGCUGAGUGGAAUCAGUUUAUUAUAAUAGGAUAUACACCUAAUGGAGGCCUCUAAAAUUUCUGAGUUUGUU